ACAAACAUGGCCUCAUCAGCUACCAUCAACAAGAUCGAAAGAGCUCACCAGAUGUACAGGGAAGGUAGAUAUGCCGAAGCUCUGGGUUUUUAUACGGAUGCACUUUCUUUGGCUAAAACCAAGUCCCAAAAGAUCGCUCUCCACAGCAAUCGUGCUGCUUGUUUCCUCAAACUUCACGAUUUCAAAAAGGCAGCAGAUGAAUGUACAUUGGUGCUUGAACUUGAUCAAAAACACACAGGCGCGCUGAUGUUGCGCGCUCAAACCUUAGUCACCCUCAAGGAGUACCAUUCAGCACUUUUCGAUGUCAACAGGUUAAUUGAGUUGAAUCCAUCAUCAGAAGUGUAUCAAAACCUCCAUGCCCGUCUGAAGACACAAUUGUCACUUGCUCCAAUACCUGAAGAUGAAGCAGAGCUUGAAGAAGAUGAUGAUGAAGAUGAUGACUUAAAGGUAGAUUGGGAAGAACAAUGUACAGGUAGAGAAACCAAUGAAGUUGAUGUAGGAGAAGACAAAAGAGAUGUUGUGGAAGUAACCACAAUAAAAGCAGAGUCUGAAAGUGUCAAACAGACAACUGAAGUCAGUGAUGUUCCAAAAAUGGAAUCGUCUGAACAACAGUCGUCUAGCUGGGAAGCAAUUCCACAGCCAAAAGGACAUUCACGGCUUGACUAUUCUAGAUGGGAUAGGGUUGAAGAUGAGUCUAGUGAAGAUGACGAUGAUGAUGAUGAUGACGAUGAUUCUCAACCUCAGUAUAGAUUCCGUGUCAAAACUAUUGGUGUGCGAGCUGUUAAGUAAGACGAAGAAAGUAUUUAAUGCAAAUUGGGCCAUACAAUUCUUUGUUGUUUCAUAUGAAGAGAGCUGAAAGUCUAUUGGGCUUCGAAAUGAUGCUAACUUUGUUUCAUUCAGGAUCACGUGGAAGCUCUGGCACAUGUUGAUAGUUCCUUGUACUUGUGAGCAUAGAAACCUUAUACUUGUGAACAUAUAAACAAUGUACAUUUUAUAUGAAGUGAGAGAGCAACAAAAACUGAGAUAUCAUCUGCCAGAGUGAGAUGGUUCUGGCAGUGUUACUAUGACUCUAGUGCUGUUUUGAUUGUUUUCCAUUCCGGAAAACUGGUGUCCAGGCUGCUGGCUGUACAAUUCUCUUUGGUGGCACAUUGUAGAUUUACGUCUUUGGAUGCAUGAUUCUGUUGAAUGAAUGAAUGAAUUGUGAGACCACCAACAGUGUGUUUCUCCGUUAAAUCAAUGUGAAGAGGAACAUACCUUUCUUCUUCUUUUGGGGGUUGUGUUGUAUCUUUUUACAUUAGCAAA